ACAGAAGAAAUCUUAAAAUUGGGACUCUGGUCCUUGCUCAUAAAAUUGCCUGUGUCACUAAUAGAACACAAGAACCAGGAUUCUUUCAGGUGUCUCAGGCAUCAGCCCAGGUGACCAAUCAACUCCUAGCUGUAGGGUCAUUGUUGGAGGCAAAAACGUUGCUAUGACUACUGAAACCUUGGUUACUGAACCAAACAGAAAGAGCCUGCUCAGUCUCCCCAGACCACAUGAGACAAAGUCUAUAAACAUGUCUACGGAAAACCUGGCGAAGACAGACAGCGGUUUUCAAAGGUACCUGAUACUUAAGAAGAUGAUUAACAGGUGGCGAAAUGCACACACUCUCUGUCUGUGGCAGAUGACAUUGAGCCAGAGGAGAAACCCUUAUAUUACUCUGAGGAUUCAGGAUGCCAUGGUACAGGAGUUGGCACUGGCCAACAAGCAACUAUUGAUGGUCCGUCAAGCCGCCCUGCACCAGCUGUUUGAAAGGGAGCAUCAGCAGUACCAGCAGGAGCUAAAUCAGAUGGGCAAAGCUUUCUAUGUGGAAAGAUUCUGAUGACAUCCGAAACACCGUCCUUCCAUUUUCAUCAUGCCCACUAACCUAAUCUUCUCGAGCUCCUGCCACCUUGAACUUCCUUCCCAAAACACACCUGGAUCUAGUUAUCUGUCCACAACUUAAGGUGGUGCUUCUACUCUCGCCUCUCAACCGCCUGGUGCUAUUUGGGAAACCAUCUAUGAAAAACUGAAAGAAAAAACCAAAACACCAAGAGUGACACCUUGUGGUCAGAAUGAGAGAUGUAGUGUUGAUGUAAGGUGGUGAGGGAAGAUGGAGAGACAAUGUGAGAGAAUCCCGAUUUGGUUUAAUAAAUAAGCUAGUUCUUAAA